AUGAAGGAGGUUCUUGGAUGUUAUAAGAUUAACAAUUCUAGGAUUUUAAAUGAAGAUAGUUAAGCAUUAAUUUAUGAAUGUUCAAAAACAGGCUUGGGGGGGCUUUGUUGUGCAAGAGUGAUAAACAAACAAUAAAAUAGGAAUUAAAAUUCUAAUUAGUUUAAAGAAGAACUUUAAGUUUUAGAAUAGUUAAAAUGGUUAAGACAUGAGAAUAUCUAAACAAUAUAUGAUUAUAAAGAAGAGGAAAACUUUAUUUAUUAGUUUGCUGAAUAGUGGGAUAGUACUCUUCUUGAGUAUAUGAAUGCUAAUGUAAAAAUUUCAAGAAUUGAUUUAUUGGAAUUUAUAAAAUAAAUAAGUGCUGGAUAUCUUGAAUUAAUAAAAUCCAAAAUAAAACAUAUAUAAUUGAAACCAGAUAACAUUUUAAUAAAGAAUAAUAAAGAAAAAAUCAUAUUUAAGGUAUUAGUAUAAAUUAAUAAGAUUUCUGGAUUUAAGAUUAGUAAAUUACUUUAAGAAACAAAUAGGAAUGAUACCAGAAAUUUAGAUACACAAUUAUAUUCAUCUCCAGAAAUGUUAGAUAAAGAUGAGAAUUGUAGUUAUGAAUCAGAUAUUUUUUCAGUAAGUUUAUUUUUCUAAGUAGUUUGGCUUGAUAUUAUAUUAAUUAAUAACAGGAAAUGUUGAUAUAUGUGUAAAUUCUAUAUAAUAAAAGGAAUUUUUUGAUUCACUUCAAAAAAAGAGUUUCAAACAAUAUAUUAAUGAAAAUAAACCUAAUGUACAUCUAUUUUUGUUAAUUUAGAAUAAAAUAUUAGUGUAAAUUUUAGAUUUAAUUGAUAAAUUAAUAGUUUACGAUCCAUAAAAAAGAAUAAAUUGGAAUGAUUUGAAUCAAUUAGCAUCUGAUUAAUUUAAAGACUAUUUAUCAUUUUUAGACCCAAUUUCCUAAUAAAGAGAUAAAAGAACAAAUAGUUAGCGUUUGCAACCAAAUCUUAAUUUAAAAGAGAAUUAGAAUUUUAUUAAUUUUAAACCUCAAAAGGAGCAAGAAUAGUAAAAUAAUUUUAUUUAAAAUACUAAUUUUAAAUUCAAAGUUAAUCAAUCAUUUGACUUUCACUAAUGCAAAUUUUAAUUUAAUAACAUAGAAAAUAAUUUAAAAAUUAAUAGAGAUAGGCCAUUAAUUAUAAAUACGCCACCAAAAUAGUUUUGGUAACCUUAAUAGAUUAAACCAUAAUUUUUGAAUCCUUAAUAAAAUUCAACUAUGCCACAACAAUAUACAAAUAGAUAAAAUUAUCAAACUUUAAAAUGA